AGGCCGCUCCUCGCUUGGUUGACGAGCUGUUGCGUGUUAUUGUUUCUACCCCAGAACGAACCAUUGCCACUCUGAGAUUUGGUAGCACCUCGUACUCCGGAAAUAAAAAAGGUAGGUGGCGAGAAUGUAAGAAUAUUAUCGGAAGUAGAACCACAUGAGGACAUCAAGUAUGCAAAAUCCCCACUGUGUUACUCGCAGUUGUCCGCUAUGCUGGCGGCUGCAUUAGCCGUGGGGGGUGGCGGGGGGUGUGGCUUCUGGCUCAUCCUGCUUUUGAUCCUUGGGCUCUUGAUGAUGGCCGGGAGCGCGACAAUCGCGGUCACAGUGUAUGGGUGCGGAAAGCAGUGUCUCUGCUUCUACCCGCCAGAGGCGGAGAAGGAGGAGUUGCAAGUCAACCGAAUCGGAAAACAGGUGUCGAAAAGAACUAUCCGUGUAAACGAGGAGAGUCGUGCUGGAUACGACAAUGUUUUUGCAGCCGGAGGUGAUAUAAAAUGCAAAGAUGUAGUCGGGGUCUGGAGGAAGAGUGUACUUUUUUGUCAUGCAUCUUUUGGAUCAUGUUCACGAAGAUGGUCUCUAGCUCCAGCUCUGCUGUGCGCAAAAGCAUUAUGGGUUUUGCGCAGGCUUCUCGCCGCCCAUUCAGCAGUGAAAACUUUCUAUUUGCGUAGGAAGAAGUGGGCAGCUGUUGGCGCUCAUGUUGCAACUUACAAAUUUAGACAUGAUCGUCCAGAGGGUGCAUCACGAGUUGGAACUCAACUCUUCCCGACGCAGACAUGUUUGCGAUGCAUAGGUGAAAUACCACGGGUCGUUAUAAUGGACCAAGGCGGAGCGAAUCAAAGCCUAAACCCAAGGAACCGUGCGGCCCCUUCCACGGUGUCGGGCCCACCCCCGGGCGCCAAAGGCGGUGCACAGCGCUGGCUCUCGUAUGAUCAAAGGAUGACGAUCCCAAUGCCCUCCGGCGUGACAUCUGCGCUCACAUCGGCCGCCACGACUCGGACCUCUGUAGAAAGUUCGCAAUUGGGAGAUCGAGAUAGCAACUUCACCGUCGACAGCACUCUACGCAUUGCAAAAGUCUCGUUCUGCUCGUAGAUAGUCGUAGGGCACGAUUUGCAUGACAUUUUUUUUGGCACAGUAUGACAAGCCUUGUUUGUGUGUUUUGCAUCGCUCGACAAAAAUCACUGUUGAUGGCAAAAUCCGAAAAGAUGUCAACCGGAGAUGAUGAAUUUUUUGACAUUCUAUCGAAUGGGUCGUUUUCUAUCGAAAUUUCUUACCCCGGAUGUGUUGAUCGUACAUACGCAAGUACGGGACUUUUGCGCAGGAUUGCAGUUUUACUCACCGAUCGGUGUUCCGGUCGCGGAUCCUGCUCACCGCGGACCUGCACUGAGUGCGGAAAGUAGUACGACUUCGAACGAGGAGUACGGCAACGAAAGUAGUGCCCUUUUGUCGAGCGGGUCUUCCACGUCUAGUUUUAAGGGUACUGGUACCAAAAAGGGUAAAAACCAAUUCUCCUUCGGCCGCAGGUACAACAAGAAUAAGAUGAGAAGUCAGGUGGACAAGGCGCUUUUGAGCAGCAGUAUGAAUAGCUCUGCUGCGCAAGGGCAAAGCUUCGGGCGAGACAAACUCCUGUCUUCGAGUAGUACAUCAACUAGCGGUAAUGAGGCUGUUUCUUCUGGCAAGAGUCGUGACAGACUUCUUUUGAGUAGCGAUACACACCACCUGCACGGGCACAGCAGCUACAGUCGUGAUAGGCUGCUGAUGGGGACAAGCAGCGGGAUGCAGAACCAAAACGCGCAACAAGCACAACCGUGGGAAAGCUACUACACAGGGAACCAGUCGUGAGCUGCAUAAAAUUUGCAAGCAAGAAGUUUCGGUGCGGUUCUUUCAAGAAAAUGCAAGUUAAUGUUUCGUCUCGUUCGAACGGGAGGUGACUGCAUUUUGAAUUUGAACGCAUUUUCAGGGCGGUUGCGUUUUCUUGCGAAAAUAUUUUUUUCCUGAACUGCAUAAAUACUGUCUCU